AUGCUACUUCCUGUACCAGCCCCGAGCCCCGGGUUGUUUUACCUAUGCUUAGGACUGACCAACUGCAUCAAUUGCCAUGGGCAUUUUACUUACCUCUACCGGCUAAUCAUGAAGGCUAUUCCAGAGGAAAGAGAUGAGGAAGAUGGGUGGGAUGAGGCAAAGCGAAGGCUGGAGCUGGGAGAGAGUGGCCAUCAGUACCUCUCAGAUGGUCUAAAAACCCCCAAGGGCAAAGGAAGAGCUGCACUGCGGAGUCCUGAUAGUCCAAAAACUCCAAAAUCUCCCUCAGAAAAAACGCGGUAUGAUACGUCACUCGGUCUGCUCACCAAGAAGUUCAUUCAGCUCCUGAGCCAGUCGCCUGAUGGGGUCCUGGAUCUGAACAAGGCAGCAGAGGUGCUCAAAGUGCAGAAGAGGAGGAUUUACGACAUCACCAACGUGCUGGAAGGCAUCCACCUCAUUAAGAAGAAGUCCAAGAACAACGUCCAAUGGAUGGGCUGCAGUCUGUCUGAGGAUGGGGGCAUGCUGGCCCAGUGUCAAGGCCUGUCCAAAGAAGUGACCGAGCUCAGUCAGGAAGAGAAGAAAUUAGAUGAACUGAUCCAAAGCUGCACCCUGGACCUCAAACUGUUAACCGAGGAUUCAGAGAAUCAAAGGUUAGCUUAUGUUACAUAUCAAGAUAUUCGAAAAAUUAGUGGCCUUAAAGACCAAACUGUUAUAGUUGUGAAAGCCCCUCCAGAAACAAGACUUGAAGUGCCUGAUUCAAUAGAGAGCCUACAAAUACAUUUGGCAAGUACCCAAGGGCCCAUUGAGGUUUACUUGUGUCCAGAAGAGAUAGAAACACACAGAGCCAUGAAAACAAACAACCAAGACCACAAUGGGAAUAUCCCUAAGCCCACUUCCAAAGACUUGGCUUCUAACAACUCAGGACAUAGCGACUGCUCCGUUUCCACAGCAAACCUCUCUCCUCUGGCCUCCCCAGCCAACCUUUUACAGCAGACUGAGGACCAAAUUCCUUCGAACCUCGAAGGACCCUUUGUGAACUUACUGCCUCCCCUGCUCCAAGAGGACUAUCUGCUGAGCCUGGGGGAGGAAGAGGGCAUCAGUGAUCUCUUUGAUGCCUAUGAUUUGGAAAAGCUGCCCCUCGUGGAGGACUUCAUGUGUAGUUGAUUGGGCUUUGUACAAACUGUCCUUAUAAACCAAUAUUUUUUUAUCAUGGAAUCAGAACGUGUAUCACAGUGUUGUCCCUUCCUACCUUCUUCCUCCAAGAGUAUCAUGAAGUAAACUUCAGAACAAAGCUGA